AUUAGAGCAAAGAAUAUCGUGGCUAUGGUAACAAAGUUUUACAUGGCUCCACCCAUAGCCCAAUACCAUCAAUUUCUCCUCCUAAAAAUAAAAUCAUCACCCUCCACUAAUAAUCAGGAAUCACAAAACAAAACUAAUUUUAAGAUUGCCUCAUAACCCACAAUUUAACAUUACCACUUGAAGCUAGCUAAUUAAUAAUUUGACUCUUAUAACAAAAAAUGGUGGUGCAAGAUCUCCAUGAGCUAGAUCCUUGCAAUUCAAGGAUUUGGUGAUAAUUAUUAGUUUAAUUUUUACCCUACAUUGAUAAUUCCUCCCCCUUCAUUCUCUUCAAUUACACCCAAAAUUUUUCAUAUGCGUAUCUUCAUAAGAGCAUUUGUUCUAUCUAGCUAGUUUGUUGAUUUUGGCAACAAGUCAUGAAUACAGCUACAUUGAAUACCUCAACAAGCACCUUGGGACAUGAGGCAACCACAACUAAUAACACCAUAUGGGUGUGUGAACGCUUCACAAGGGCUGCAAGGUCAAGAGGAAUAUUCUUCAGUGAUAACCCUUUGUCUUACACGAUGCCAGUGCUUAUUCUCCAAACCUCCGUUGUUGCAUUGAUCACCACAACCUUACAACUCCUAUUAACCCCCUUUGGCCAAACUAGUUUUGUUCCCCAGAUGCUGGGAGGAUUAGCACUAGGACCAUCCAUCCUGGGACAAAUCGGUGUGGUUCGAAAGUAUUUGUUCCCACCAAGAACCUUCUACGUGAGCGAGACCAUCGCCUUUUUCGGCAGCAUGAUAUUCAUGUUCCUCAUAGGAGUCAAAAUAGACCUAACCUCAAUAAUCACAACGGGUAAAAAAACGUGGGCAAUUGCACUCUCUUGUUUCGUAUUCCCCAUCGUUUUCACCGCAGUAACCGCCCUCACACUCCGCGCACUAUUCCUGCUCCCUCAAGAAAACCUCUACACUUCCAUCUUCUACGUCUCUUUCUACUUAUCAAGCUGUUCGUUCCACUCCACAGCAAGCCACCUCGCAGAUCUGAAGCUCUUGAACUCUGAGCUUGGCCGUUUGGCCGUUUCUUCCUCCAUGAUUUCUGGAACAAUCUCUGCUGUUUUGAUAACUUCAGUUUUCUCACACCAUGGUUUGAGGAAGGGCUCUAGGUCGUUGCAAAUGGCGUCGCUAUCGUUUCUUUUCUUGGUGGCUGUCAUAGUUUUUGUUUGUAGGCCCAUUAUAAUGUGGAUGAUAAGGCGAACCCCGGAAGGAAAGCCCAUUAAGGAAGCCUACAUAAUUACGAUUUUCGUAAUGAUGUUGUUGUCUGCGUUGUUUAGUGAGCUUAUUGGGGGGCAUUUUAUGACUGGGCCUAUACUUUUGGGCCUUGCUGUGCCUGAUGGGCCACCUUUGGGCUCAGCGUUGAGUGAGAAGCUGGAUGCUUUGGUUUCGGCAGUGUUCUUGCCGUUGUAUUUUCUUUUCAGUGGGGCAAGGUUUAAUUCCUUUGCACUUGAUGCAACGAGCUUUGCGGUUGUGCAGGUUUUGGCUAUAAGUAGCUUCCUUGGGAAGAUUUUUGGAGCAAUGUUGCCUUCGCUUUAUUGCAAGAUGUCUGUCACUGAUUCUCUUUCCUUAGGUCUUAUCAUGAGUGCACAGGGCAUCACUCAAAUGCUCUACUUGCAAGGUUCUAUGUACCUCAAGAUUAUAGAUACGGAAACAUAUGGCAAUGUGGUGAUAUCAAUGAUAUGGUUAACCGGAGCAACCACACCUUUAGUGAAAUUCCUAUAUGACCCUUCGAAGAGGUACUUAGCCAUAAACCGAAGAAGAACCAUUGAACAUGCAUCUCCAGACGUGGAACUCCUCCUCAUGGCAUGCCUUCACAACGAAGAAAACACACCAUCCAUGAUCAACAUUCUCGACAUGUCAAAUCCAACAGAACAAAGCCCCAUUUGCUUCUACGUCCUUCAUCUCAUUCAAUUAACCGGAAGAUUUUAAAGAAAAAUGAAAAUUAUGAUAUUUUAACAAAAAUAUCUGACAAACAAUAACAUAAAUUUGUCAAUGAACUAUAACUCAAAUGACAUAGUCUCUCCAUAUUCAAAGAGUUGCAGUUCAAGUCUCUUUAUCGUUGGUUAAAAAAAAAUUAUUCAAUUUAUUUCAACAAUAACUAAUAAAUACAAACUAAAAAAUUUAAACUGAUGUUUAUUAUUUUUCAAAUAUUUUGUUCACAGGCAAUGGAGUUCCAACGGUGUAGUAACUGAAUCAGCGCAUCCGAUUAGGGCAUUCAACCGUCAAAUAUUGAGAACUGCGCCUUGUUCGGUAGGAAUACUGGUUGAUCGUGGAACUUUGAGCAAGAGCAAUUAUUUAACGUCUGCUUCCUUCUAUAGCGUCGGAGUCUUGUUCAUAGAAGGCUCCGACGAUCGCGAAGCGUUGGUUUACGCGAUGCGCAUGGCGGAUCAUCCUAAUGUGAGUGUUACAGUGGUUAGGUUAAUAGAGCCAAGAAGAAAAAGUAGGAACUUAAUGAUGAGAGAUCCAGAUGGGGAUUUAAUUCAUAAGUUUAAAGUAGAGCACUGCAUUCAAAUCAAAAGACAUGACUAUAGAGAAGAAGUGGUGAGGGAUAGUGUUGAGAUGAUUAGUGCGAUUAAGUCUUUGAAUGGUUGCUUUGAUUUGAUUAUGGUGGGUAGGCGCCAUGCGAAUGGUGAAUCUUCAUCGUUGUUUAAUGGAAUGAAUGAGUGGAAUGAGUAUCCUGAACUUGGUGUUGUAGGGGACAUGCUUGUUUCUUCGGAUUCUAGUUAUGAUGGUUCUGUUAUGGUGGUGCAGCAACAAAUGUUAGGGUUUCGUGGUGGUGGUUAUCAUCAUCCUGAUUUUCAUAUGGAUUCCAAUAAUGGUCCUAUGAUCCAUCAUCCUAGGCAAGAAAGAUCCCCGAAUGUUGUGGAAGUGCCACGUGAUACAAGGGUGUGGCCAAUGGUUUAAUUAACGACAUUGGAUAUUGAAAGAUUUAUCAACAACAUAUAGAUUUUAGAAUUUAGACCCGUAAAACAAUUUUAGAAAAG